CACGUCAUCACUCCCAUUUCUCUCACGAACUUGUAAUUCACCUCGCCUAUAUGUACUCUACACACUCGGCUCCCUUGGUCUCCAUCCCCAUUGAAAAGCAUUUCCAUUUCUUAUUAUACUGGACUACACCACCAUGCCCGUAUCCCUCGUUGUUACCCUCUUGGUUCUUUUCUUGGGUGUUUCUCUGCAAACCAGCGAAGCUCUAGACGCCUUUGCUUGUGACCCAGAAGAUGGGACGAGCAGGAACUUUCCAUUUUGCCAAGUGAAGUUGCCAAUACAAAGCAGAGUCGGUGACCUUAUUGGAAGGAUGACAUUGCAAGAGAAGGUUGGGUUGCUAGUGAACGAUGCUGCGGCAGUUCCACGGCUUGGGAUUAAAGGGUAUGAGUGGUGGUCCGAGGCUCUUCAUGGAGUUUCCAAUGUGGGUCCAGGGACCCAGUUUGGUGGGGUCUUUCCUGGGGCCACUAGCUUCCCUCAAGUGAUCACCACAUCUGCUUCUUUCAAUGCAACUUUGUGGGAGGCCAUUGGUCAGGUUGUGUCAGAUGAAGCAAGAGCAAUGUUCAAUGGAGGGGUGGCCGGGCUCACGUUUUGGAGCCCGAACGUGAACAUAUUUAGAGACCCAAGAUGGGGUCGUGGACAGGAGACUCCCGGUGAGGACCCAGUAGUAGUUGGUAAAUAUGCUGCAAGUUAUGUUAGAGGUUUACAGGGGAAUGACGGCGACCGGCUGAAGGUGGCUGCUUGUUGCAAGCACUUCACCGCCUAUGACCUCGAUAACUGGAAUGGGGUUGAUCGGUUCCACUUCAACGCCCAGGUAAGCAAGCAGGACAUGGAGGAUACAUUUGAUGUACCAUUCAGGAUGUGUGUGAAAGAAGGCAAGGUGGCAAGUGUUAUGUGCUCUUACAAUCAAGUGAAUGGGAUCCCCACUUGUGCUGACCCAAAGCUGCUGAAGAAAACUGUACGUGGUCGGUGGAAACUUGAUGGGUACAUUGUUUCAGACUGCGACUCAGUUGGGGUUUAUUAUAGUCAGCAACACUAUACUACAACCCCAGAAGAAGCAGCUGCUGAUGCUAUUAAAGCAGGUUUAGAUUUGGACUGCGGACCAUUCCUAGUUCAACACACCGAGGAUGCUGUGAAAAAGGGCUUGCUAAAUGAGGCAGAAAUAAAUAAUGCAUUACUUAACACACUGACAGUCCAGAUGAGGCUAGGGAUGUUUGAUGGUGAGCCAUCAUCAAAGCCAUAUGGGAAUCUAGGCCCAAAAGAUGUGUGCACGCCUGCUCACCAAGAGCUUGCCCUUGAAGCGGCAAGACAAGGCAUUGUACUUCUCAAGAAUCAAGGUCCUCCAUUGCCUUUAUCUACCCGCCAUCAUCAAUCCGUUGCCAUCAUUGGGCCAAAUUCAAAUGUCACUGUUACGAUGAUCGGCAAUUAUGCCGGUGUGGCCUGUGGAUACACAACACCCCUACAAGGGAUAGCGAGAUACGCCAAGACAAUAUACCAGCAAGGUUGUGCAGAUGUUGCUUGUGUUAGUGACCAGCAAUUUGGCGCAGCAAUGGACGCAGCACGUCAAGCGGAUGCAACGGUUCUAGUAAUGGGGCUUGACCAGUCUAUUGAGGCAGAAUCCAGAGAUAGGACUGAUCUUCUUCUACCUGGACGCCAACAAGAGCUUAUAUCCAAGGUUGCCGCAGCAUCGAAGGGCCCAACCAUAUUGGUCUUGAUGUCUGGGGGACCUAUUGAUGUGUCUUUCGCUGAGAAUGAUCCAAAAAUUGGAGGCAUCGUAUGGGCUGGUUAUCCUGGCCAAGCUGGAGGAGCAGCCAUUUCUGAUGUCUUGUUUGGAACUACUAACCCAGGAGGCAAGCUACCCAUGACAUGGUACCCACAAGAUUAUGUCACAAAUUUGCCUAUGACAAACAUGGCCAUGCGACCAAGCACAUCAAAUGGCUAUCCUGGAAGAACCUAUAGAUUCUAUAAAGGUAAAGUGGUGUACCCAUUUGGUCACGGAAUAAGCUACACAAAUUUUGUUCAUACCAUAGCAAGUGCACCAACAAUGGUUUCUGUACCCCUUGAUGGACACCGCCAGGCCUCCAGAAAUGCAACCAUUUCAGGAAAGGCAAUCAGAGUUACACAUGCUAGAUGUAAUAGGCUGUCGUUUGGAGUGCAAGUAGAUGUGAAAAACACUGGCUCCAUGGAUGGAACUCACACAUUGCUCGUCUACUCUAAACCACCAGCAGGGCAUUGGGCUCCUCUCAAACAAUUAGUGGCCUUCGAAAAAGUUCAUGUUACAGCAGGGACUCAGCGAAGAGUGGGAAUUAACGUUCAUGUUUGCAAAUUCUUGAGUGUUGUGGACAGAUCUGGAAUUCGAAGAAUUCCAAUGGGAGCCCAUAGUCUCCAUAUUGGUGACGUGAAGCACUCGGUGUCACUUCAAGCCUCAAUUCUAGGUGUGAUCAAGUCUUAAAAUCUCUCGUGGCAUGACGUCCGGCUAUUGAAAUGUCUCAAGUAAUCAAGCAGCAGUAGCAUAAUCUUCUCCACCAAAGUCACGGAGUCGGGAUAAAAAGAACUCGUCUCUCAGAGUAUAAAUUAAUUUUUUGAUAAAUUCUUGUUAUUCGUUGAUGAUAGUCCAUAUUAAAGGACAAUUAUAAUGGGAUUUUCAGAAAGAAAUGAAGAAUUUAAGUUGUGAAACAUAACAUGUCUUUCUUUUCCUUU